AUGGCUUCCAUCUAUCAUCUCAAUCAACCCUCGAAUCAAUUUUGGGAUUUCACCAAUGGAAACCUAGAGGAUCAUCCUUUCUUUGCUCCUCGUGGUCACCACGGCCACCACGGACGCCACGCCGGCGGAGGUCCUAAGCAUGAUAGCCACCCUGAUGCCACCGAAGCUGAAAACACCGAGCAAACCGGCGAGAAAGGCGAAGCCUCAGCAUCUGACUCCGACUCCCCUGACAACCACCACCGUCGCUGCAAUCACUGCGGAAAAGGCAAAGGCAAAGCUCGGGGAGGCCCUGGACACCACGGCCCAGGUCCAUUCCGAGGAAAUGGCGGCAAAGGAAAGCAUGGACGUGGCCACCACGGCUUCAAGAGAAUGCAGCCCACCGACGGCACCCAGCAAUCUGACGCACCCCGUGCAGCAGAUGAGUCCAACGCAAACCCAUCAAUCCCAAAUGACAACAGCGAGUCCUCAUCUGAAUCCGAAUCUCCGGACAACCACCGCCGUUACGGAAAAUGCAAGAACAAGGGCCACGGCCCCGGUCACCAUGGACCAGGCCCUUUCCGUGGCAAGGGUGGUAGGGGCAAGCACGGUCACGGCCCCUAUGCUGGACCGUACGAUUUCCACGGCCAUGGUCAUAGCCACGGCCACCACGGUCCUAGCCACGGCCACCACGGUCCUAGCCACGGCCACCACGGUCCCGGUGCCUUCGGCCUCGGUGGGCCCGGACGCCAUAGUAUGGGAAAGCAUGGACACGGAUACGGUCCCCACGCUGGACCCUAUGGCUUCCCUGGCCACCACCACGGCGGACCUUUCGAGUUUGGGCCUCGAGGCCACCGAGGCGGUCACGGUAGAUACGGUAGACACGACAGACCCCCAUUCGGAGGCCCGUUUGACUUCCUCCACCAGAUCGGCGCUGGUCUUAGACUCCCGAUGAACGGACCUGCUCACGGUACCGACUUUAUGCCUGCUGUUGAUGUCUUCGAUACUCCUGCUCGAUACAUUGUGCAUGCAUCGCUGCCUGGUGCUAAGAAGGGUGAUCUCAGUAUUGACUAUAACGCCGAGGAGUCUGUCUUGCAUUUGGCGGGUGUUGUUAACCGCCCUGGUGUGAGCGAGGAUUUGCAUCAGGCUCUUGUGAUGGAAGAGCGCGGUCAAGAGGUUGGUGUUUUCGAGCGCGAGAUCAGAUUUGGUACUCGUGUGGCACCGGCUCCUGUUCUUGUUGAUGGAAUUUCGGCAAAGUUAGAGGAUGGUGUUUUGAAUAUUACUUUGCCGAAGACUGUUCAGGAUUCUCAAGUCAUGAAGAAGAAGGUUUUCGUUGAGAAUGGUGAUGAGAAUGAGAAAGAUGCCAUGGUAGUUGAAAGGACUUAUACUCCAGUUGAGUCCGAGGAAAGUGACAAUGAGGGCGAAGCUAGGGAGUAUGUCAAGGUUCCUGUGCUGUGA